AUCUAUCUGCCACCUCGUGGGGUCUCCUUCCUGCCAUGUUCAUUUCUGGUUAAUCGUCGAAUGUUACCAUAUUGCGACGGCAUUCUCACCAUGAUUCGUUUCCUUUCCUAAGAUUUAUUCCUUCAACAUCCUCCCUCCCCCAUUGACUGGGUUUUCUCCAUUCUACCCCGGCCGGCCCGCGGCCCCGACGAACAAAAAUGUUCAUUCCAGGAAUCGUCCAGGCCUUGAUCGCCGCCCUUACCUUUGGCAUCGUUAUCCAAGCCGCGACGCCCUUCGUCUUUCCUUUAGCAAAGGGCCAUGGAUCAAAAAUCCUUCGGGACGGUCUGAGGCUGGUCCUCAUCACAUUCCUUGUAUCCUCUGCCCUGUGGGCUCAAAUCGACUUUGCCGCCCUUACCAUCGAUCCGACCUCGAUCUCCGGGUGCCAAAUCGCCGUAAUUUUUACCUCAAUCUUCGAUCAACUGGCACGCUUUUCCCUCGAACAGUUUCUCCUAUGGGUCAUCAACGCAAACGCCGCCGCGCCCGUUGGCACUAUGGUUUACCAGGCCGUCCUCGGCGUGCGCUUCGUCUUGGGUGCUGUUUUUAUUGGAUUCCAAAAGGCACAAAUCGCCACCGUCUGCGUAGCUAGGAACGAUGUGUUGGCCAUCGGAGCUGUCGUUAUGGUCACCGACUUUGCUGUGGUCGGCAUGCUCGCCUUCAGAGCCAACUCCAUCGACAUCACGACCGUGCAUAUCAAGAAGGCCAUCAUGUGGACUGUUGGAGCCCUAGGUCUUUGGACCGCAACAAGCAUUCCUCUACUCCUGGGCAUUGACACAAUCGAGCUACUCUUCAGAACUGCCCUCCCUGCUACCGGCCUGUCGAUUCUCCUCAGUAUCCUUACGGGUAACAUUGGGACAUUGCUGCCUCCUCGGCAGAAGCACCCUAUUCAUCCAGAUGCGCAGUCGCCGCGUGAUAUUAGUGCCAGCAGAGACAUUUCAACCUCAGACACCGACUAUCCACCAUCGCAGUACGAGGACCUCAAAACCGGCACGAUCACCACCGUCACAACUUUUAACCAGCCAAGAGACUUCAUGGCAGGAGUUGGUGGCGCUCUGCCUACCAUCGCCGGCUCCGUACCGGGCCAGGCCAACAUAGGAGUUGGCGGCGUUCCUGUUCAGGGCCAGCUGUUUCCACCGACCCGUGCACAGACAGCCCCGGCCAGGGAAAGCAGGAGAGUCGAAGUGAAGCCCGGUAUUCUGAACAAGAGGAGCAUAUUCGACAAGAUUGGACCGGGCUUGAGCAUGAAGAACGCUAUUUCCAACCCGAUCCUCCAGGAAACCGGAGAACAGAACCCCUUCAGUAAGAUUGCCACGGUUGACCUCGCCACUGCCGCAAGGAACGACAGAGAAAGGAGGGGCAACGACCUGACCAUGCAACGGAAUUCCAACACCUUCAACGCCCACCGUCCCGCUCCUAAACCUCCUGCUAUCACGCCAGAGGAGGCUCUCAAGAGAGCUCAGAGCGGCAAGCGGAAAGAAGUGGCUUCGGCCUCAACCCCGGUUCCGGUGGAGCCCCAGCAACUCAGAUCCAUUGGACUGAUGUCGAAUCCUCCGGCAACGACUUCGUCUGCUCAAUUAUCUCCCGGAGUCGAGGAAAUUCGACGCAGAUCUCCUAGACAUAUACCCGAGAGUUACCAAACGCCGGAGAAACAGGGGCCAAGGCCGGCCACGCCCCCGCCAGCGAUCUCCAUGUCCAACGUCUCGCCGCCUCGCCCAUCGCGGCCUGAACGACCCCUGAGCCCCUUCGAGACGGUGGAACGGUCGACGAGCGAACCCAUCGUAGAGGAGUCGCUAAGCCCAAAGACGCUCGGUCGAUCCGCAAGGGAAACGUCCCCUGCGACCACUACCCAGCUUAUGUCGCCACAGAUUGCCCUGGUACCUCCGCCCAAAAGCGCCGCUCGCUCGAUGUCGCCCAAGAAGCCGGAUCUCCCGCCGACUUGGCCCAUACAAACCGUAGUAGACCCCACAAUCCGGCCGUCCAGGCAAAAGCCGCUGUCACCCAAGACACCACCGGGUGGUACUUUGCAACGCCGGCCGACUGGCGGCCUGCCAUCUAAUCCGAGGGCGAUGACCAUGAGACCUACGGCCAAGGACCCAUCUGUCCCCCAGGAGCAGACUGUCUUGUUUGUCAACAACAUCCGGUACAACGACCCCACGGCGGUGCAAAGCAUCAUCCAGGGAGCCACGAGCCAGUCCGCCAAGACGCCUCUCCCGUUUCAGUCUCCUGCUCCAGCUCUCAAGUCGUCAAACUCUGUCGUCCAUCGACCUCGGCCUAUUCCCAGACAGCAGGGCAAAGACCGCCAGAUUUUCCCAGCCGAAAAUUCUCCCAACCACAAGAGGAGCAAGUCUGGCGGCUCGAUCAUCAGUAGAAAAUCCAUCUUGAUGUCAAACCCUGGAAGUCCCACUCAACUGCCGCCUCUGCCGCCGCCGCCCAAGAGCGCCGGUAGCCACCCCGUACGGGCGCUGCCCAACGAUACCAAGAGCAUGACGUUUGACGAAAAAAUGGUUCUAUUCUUUCCCGGCGCACUGGGCAAUGCGGGCGGGGACGGCAAGCCUAGGACGCCCGUCCCCGACAUGCCUGUUGUUCCUUCGGUUUACAAGCUAGCGAGCAAGCUGAUCAAUGAGGCUCAGGAUGCAUGGGAUUCGGAAAGUAGCCGUGACCAGUCGAAGCAGUCUGAUCGUUCGACCAAGACCUCUAUUCGUACUCAAAGCAUCCUUGAGAUCGAGGAAGCGGUCCUCCCGGAUAUACCGCCUCGCUUCACGUCCAAGUUCAGUGUAGACACCUCGGUCAUUACCGGCAGACCCGACGACCACGAGUCUUGGAUUCCCACUCUUCCGAUGAACGAUGGCCUCCAAGGCAAGGUGUUCUAUGACGGAGCCAAGCGCCAGUCAUCGCCCAUCAUUCCUAUACGCAACCCCAGCAUCUCUGAGUUCAGUGAAGAAAGAACUGCGAGGACCCGCGACGAGGAGACUACCACGAACUGGGGAUCCAUCCACUCGCCCGUUGCUGCAGUGAACAUCCAGGAGGUCACGCACAUGCCCAAGCCCACGUGGAUUCAGCCGCGUGACGAGCGCAACCCCCGGGACCUGUCUAUGAUCAGCAACAAUGACGGCAAGGAGGUCAUGACGAUUAUGCUUGACUCAUCCAUGGAACACGAGAGAGAUGCCGAGGUCCUGCCGGCGCGCGAAAGCCCUGUGGAUCUCCCCGACGUGGACGUCGCCUAUCGCGGUGCCCACUGGCAUCGCCGCAUCGGCGACGAGAGCAUCACCUUUUCCGAGCGCAAGGAGAAGGUGCAGUCACGCCGACAGCCCCCGCCGAUGCCUCUUCGAUUGAGGUCUCCCGUCAAGAAGAUUGCCGUUGUGAUGCACGCUGCUGAGCCUUCACCUUUGGAGUCACCGCAGCAUGCGUACGAAACGAUCCAGGCGCAGCUCAAGAAGCUCGAGGAGCCCAACAGGGACUCGUACGAGAGCGAGGGACAGAGAAUUCGUUUGCUCGAGUCCUUGGAAGCUGAAAUGGGGCAGCAAGAGAACCAGUGGCACGAGAUGCAGCACGGUCUCAGUCGCAACUCCCUGUCUACAGUUGGAACGACUUCGGUCCGCAACUCGCAACACGGUCCCACGGCUGUGGACUUGCAAGCCACUCCCAGCAACGACGUGACACCUCAAGAGAUCCCCCAGCGGAACAAUAUUGCAUUAGACCGGCGAGCUUCCCGUCGUGCCCGGAUAGGAAGUAGCGGCAAGCCGUCCAACGAGGACCUGAGAAGCGCUUCGUCCAUCUCGUCGCAGAGCAAUGACAACGACAAGCGCACUAGCCUCUGGGAACAGCGGUUGGCCGACGCUCAAAUGGAAUACAUGGAAAACGCAUCCGAACUAUUGGCAAAGCGAAACCUCAAUUUCUUGUCUGUCUCAAAGGUGCCCUUGAGCGCCGCGGCGUUGCAGCUGGGGAGUCCUACCCCACCGGACACCGACGAGUCCGACGCCGACCCCGACGACGCUCAGAUGUUCGCGAGGAGGGUCGUGCCGAACGAGCGAGCCGCACUAUCGGAAGGCCUAUGGAAACCCGACUCGCCAGUUUAUUUUGAGCGCGAGCAGCCGCCGCUGCUUUGGGCCCCGGCACACCACCAUGUCGCGACUACGUCGUCUUCCCCGAGCGGCGAUGCUGACGCCCUGCCUGGCCCCUCCUCCGUUCGCCCUGCGACGCGCAAAGUCUCCUGUCCCCUAAAUAUCUCGAGCUCGCAACUCUGGCAACCCGAUCACACCGCUGCCACAAAGCUGCGCAUCACCUCGGGACUGUGGCGUGUAUCUUGGGUUCCUGAAGCUCCCAAACCCCAGACGCGUCCCGUCACGCAGCGACCACCGAGGCGAAACAAGCGCGUUACCCUCCUCCCCGACAUCCUCGAGAGCCCUCAGCCGCUCCCCGACAAGCGUGGCACCCUCGGCAUCUUCCAGUUCCCCUGGGGCGAGAGGUCGGACACUGCGACAGUGCAGCCGCGGCCCAGUCACUUGUUGAUGGCUAUGCCCGGUACUAUGUCAACUGGUGGAUCAGCAAUUCGUGCCGCAUUGGAAGCUCGCGCAAAGCAGCUCGAGUCUGCAGAAUACUCUUCUUCCUUCUUUGACGACUACGACGACGAGGAAGAGGGUGACGACCAAGUUUCCGACAUUGAAGAAGACGACGACAGUGACGACGGCUUCGACGAGACCACCCUCUGGGAAAUUGCUAGCCUCUUGCAGUCUGACCAAGUGCCUUCCAAGAACAGCCUUCUCCCCCAACCGGCUUUAUACCGCCCUGAUUCCUUCGUGGAGGAGCACAUCUCAGAGCUCUCGCAGUCGGAAUACGAAGAUUCCGAGGACGAAAGGGCCGCCGCCGGCGACGAGGAUACAAAACACGACAGCAUGGUCAUCACCAUCGCCGCCGCGCCGGGGACCAUAUCCGCCGCGCCAGCGCCUGUGUCGCUUCUCUGGAACCCUGAGCCAAAGAUCCUCGUCGUCACCCACAUGGCGAUGGGUCUACCGCAACCCGACGCUCGUUUGUGGAGAGGCUACGUCGAGAAGAUGACAGCCGCCCCCCGCGUCCGCGAGCAUCUCCCGGAACCCCCCGUUAUCCACAGCUCUGCCCUCUGGAGCCCACCGGCGAAGAGGCUGGCACCAAAAACGGCCAGCCCUCUCUGGAGCAAGCCGCAAUAUCGGGCGGCCAAGACGCUGUGGGCUGCUCAGCCUGCCGUCGUCUACACCGAGUCCGCCGGUCUCUUUGACCCUGGCCACAAGCGCACCUGCUUUAGGACAACAUCAGCCGAACCCAUCGGCCUCCGCAUGCCUUCAGGUGCCAGGAUGACGUCUGAGGAGCUGCCACAGCUCAUGUCAACCAGCCUCUGGGCCUAUACUCCUGCCGUGGUUCGCGUCGAGAACUGGAUGUCCCUGUCCUCAGCCGGACCCCGCUCACCACUCGAGGCCGGCUCUUCGGGCCGCUCGACACCAUCUCUGGACACCGCAUCAACGAGAUCCGAUGAUGAAGGCGCCGUUUCUGACUUCGAGCCGCUUCCCGAAGUCCCCGUCGAGAAGGCUACCUGGUGGGAUUCUUCGGAUGACAAGAUGCCCCAGCCGGCCCAGUCAGCGCCGCAGUUGGAGCCCCUCCGUCGCACCAAGGCCGCGCCCGCCGAGUGGGGUGCCUCUUUGAAUGAGGCCGUCGGCUCCGUUCCUUUGCUGCGUCUCGUCCGCAACGAGACCACCCCUGCGGAAUGGGCUGCGGCUUUGAAUCACGCCAUGGCCUUGUCGUUCAACGUUGCCACUUCUCACCCAGCCUUCGCAGGCUCCGCAAUCGAGACUACGACCCGCGAUCCCGCCGUUGCCAACCCAGUCUUCUUCAGCCCAUCAUCACCGGGCCCCGUCGAGCAACCCGCCUCCUGCGUCCCCGAAGAAGAGCCCGUCAACCCCAUGCCGACUUCCCAUUCCACCCCUCUCUGGUCCGCUCCCAUGGUCACGGUUCCCAAGGACACAGGCAUCAUGUGGAUCCCGCCGACCAAACCUCGCCUCCAUGCCCACGAUGCAGCGCCUAUGAGGCCCGAGGACCCCGAGUCCCGCCGUCUGCGCAUCAAGCGCGCCAAGACGGAGGCAUCUUCGUCGCUAUCGGCGCUCGUCAGCUUCGACGGUCAGGUGAUGUGGAAUCGUUUCUAUGGCGCCGAGCUGCGCCGCGUGACGCCGCGUGGCGGCGGACGCGACUGGCUCGAGGGCGCGGCUAAGCCGCCAGUCUCCAAGGUCGUCUUUCGUUAUUGAAAUAAGCACCAAUUCAAGGAGGAGGGAUAUCUCUCCUAUAUGACUCGGUCGGUAGGAUCUGAUGGUGUACAUCACGUGAACCAGGCGACAGAAGGAAAGAUGACGAUGUACGAGGGAAAAGGCCUCUAUACAGCCUUGGCUUUUGUUCGACCUUGACGCGCACACACCGCAGUAGUGUCAACUAUUCCUUUCUCUUGUUUCAGCAAAAUGCGGUUUCUCUCUUUCCCUUCCCUACCCUUCGUUUUAGGUCACAAUUCCACCCCCCUGGAUACCCCCCUUUUUUCCAGAUUGUCUCUCAUCUCAGCUACUUGCUACAAAUACGGGCUAUCUAAUGAGGGCUCUCUUUACCAGCAGAGCCAGCCAUUCACUUGCUGCUACCAGUGUCGCGAAAGAACCGGGAGUCUCCUGUUUCUCCAAUUUAAUCCGUCGUCAGAGGUAUCUCAAAUCAGACCAAAAUAAAAUGUCUGGCUUUCCCAGCCUGCAUGAUACAUAAUUUCCACAGCCGCCCAGUGGCAAUUAUGUGAACAAUACAACCCUGCUGUCGCCAAUGAAGUAAAACCCCUAGCUCCAGGUAGUCAGCCGCAAGUAUUCGCGUCAAAACGGGUUACAAAGCCCUGUGAUAUCGGCAU